AUGGUGUCACGAGGCUGUGCUCCUUCUAAUCGACCAGAAUUCACUGGAGAAGAAUGCAGUAGGAAAUUUCGAUCCCUGAAAAUGAGGUAUAAAAUUAUCAUGGAGAGAAAUUCUAAGACUGGCAACAGUCGCCAGUCUUGGCAGUACUUCAGUCAAAUGGAGAAUCUUCUUCUUGGUGACCCUGCAGUACAACCAGUGGCUGCAGCCUCCAGCUUACCAACAACAUCAGCACCAACUCCAACUCCAUCCUCUCCUAAGAAAAGGAAAACCAACAGUUCGAGAGAACCCAAAUGGGUAGGAAGUUUCAGGGCAGAGCUUCGGGCUAUGCACGAGGAGAGGAUGGAGUUGGAGAAGUCGAAGCUAAGUCUGGAGGAGAGGAGGGUCCAGGCUUUGGAACGUCUGGCCAAUGCCUCAGACCAAUAGGUAAUUAAAAUAUACCCCAUGUAAAUGUAAUCAGUUGUAGCUUAAUAAAACACUACCUGUCACUAAGAUAUAUAUAACAGUUAUACCUUAGUCUUGUCAAUUAUAUAUGGAUACCCUUACCAAAAUAUACAUGUAAGCCCUCUGGCACACAGUUGCAGCGCAUUUGCAGCAAGUUUGCCGCAACUAGUUGCAGCGCAUUUGCCACAAGUAUACUUUUCGUAUGCAAAUUUUUCCUCUGGCACACAGUUUGCAGCACAGUCUUGCUGCAUACUUCUGGUGCACAGUUUGCCGAAUUUUUGCGGCACACUUCUGGCACUGUCUGCUCGAAAUUAAUUUAAGGUGUCCUAUAUAAACUGUAGUUACAAAAACACAAUAACAAUUCAAUUAAUAUAAUUUCAAGAACAAUGACAUAGCAAGUAAUCUUUAACAUACCAGUAUUCAAAAAUACAAACUAAAAAAAAUGAUUCAAGAACAGAAAUGACCAGGUUGGUGUAAAAUAUGUAAUCUAUCAUAGGAACAGCAAUAGAAAACAUACUGGAAAAUGACAAAUUUAAUAAAUGUAGAAUUUUUCCAAGAAAACACCAGAAGCAUUUUUAAAAUGUCACAUGUAUAUAUCUUCAAUGUUUUUAUAACAUCUAUAAUGUACAGUUCUGAAAAAUGUUAAGUAAAACCUGUAAGACGAGUUCGUUACACAUAGUACAUGUACCAUGCUUAAAAAAAAAUGACGAAGUUCAACUUCAUCAUGCACAUGUAAAUUUUUCAAAGAAUGCCUGCCUGAUCACUUCCAAAAAGAAACAUGCACAUUUGCAAUGCUUCCAUAACAGUUGUACAAGGUUUGAAGGAGAUCAAAUAAAUGCUGUAAGAGGAGUUGAUAACAAAAAUAGGUACCGUCUACGUGUAUUCAGGAAUGCUUAAAACAAAUACAAAGUUCAACUAAACAUAAAUUUUUUGAAAACUGUCAGAUUAUUUUCAAGAAGACAUUCGUACAUCUUUAAAUCAAUGUGUUCACAACAACUGUACAAAGUUUGAGGAAUGUCAAGUUAGAGGUGUACAAGGAGUAGAUCACCCAAAAUAUGUACUCUCUAUUGAAGAAAUGCUUAAAAAUGACUAAGUUCAACUACAUGUAAAAAAAAAAAAAAAAAAAAAAAUGUCUAAUCACUUUUCAAAAAGACACAUGCACAUCUUCAAUAUGUCUAUAUAACAACUGUACAAAGUUUGAGGAAUGUCAAGUUAGAGGUGUACAAGGAGUAGAUCACCCAAAAUAUGUACUCUCUAUUGAAGAAAUGCUUAAAAAUGACUAAGUUCAACUACAUGUAUAAAAAAAAAAAAAAAAAAAAAAAAAAAAAAAAAAAAAUGUCUAAUCACUUUUCAAAAAGACACAUGCACAUCUUCAAUAUGUCUAUAUAACAACUGUACAAAGUUUGAGGAAUGUCAAGUUAGAGGUGCAACAGGA